AUGGAAACGGACUAUACCGCCUUAUCAUACGUCUGGGGAGAUCCGAAAGUUACCUCUCCCAUUGCUGUCAACGAUUUUCCCUUCCAGGCGACUCACAACCUUUGCGCUGCUCUUAGACGCAUACGAAAAUCCAACCUACCCACAACACUUUGGGUAGAUGCAAUAUGCAUCAACCAGUCCGACAAAGACGAGAAAUCUUCUCAGGUUCAGCUGAUGACAGACAUCUACCACAAUGCCUCGCUCGUCACUGUCUGGCUGGGGGAAAGCGACAAGUAUACCGAUUUGGCAAUCGUUCUCAUCAAGCUUACUGUCCAUCUUCGAAGAUCUCUUGAAGUAACGGGGGAAAGGCAAUAUCCUGCCGCUUAUAUUCUGCGUGUCCUUUCAUCAGCUUUGUCCAAGUCCGACUUGAGGUCACUCGCCCUUCUCAAAUUCUUCUCUCGCCCCUGGUGGCGCCGUGUCUGGGUUGUUCAAGAAGUUAUCGUCUCCAGGCGUGCAAACGUUAUAUGCGGAACGAAAGAGAUCCCCUGGGACGAUUUACGACGAGCCUUAGAAUGUUGGAGGGUGCUUCGGAGCUUCUCUGACAAAUCUGAACAUGGCGAAGCAAUGAAAAAAGCAACUGAUAACGUAUUCUACAAAACAUCAUUAGCGCUAUUUCUGAACUUAUUCAAUCAGCGCGACCGAGAGGAUAAACAGGUUCUCCAGAAUGAGAUGGGAAGCUUUCCAGGGCUUAAUAUUCGCGAUGAUACAGCUACUGGGUUGGAAGGAACGAUUCUUGCAGGCCAUUUGUUUGAGUCAACCGAUCCAAGAGACAAAGUCUACGUCUGGCUUGGUAUCUACCAAAAAUAUGGCUUGACCAUUGUCCCAGAUUACAGUGCAAGCAUAGCACAAGUCUAUGUUAAUGUGGUAAGAGCAAUUACGGAGCUAACAGGGUCUUUGUCGUUGGUUGCGCUUAGUGGUGGGCUGGAUAAUUCCCAAGAUCCUCUUCCAGGUUUCCCAUCCUGGGCUCCGGAUUUGAGGCAUGGUGCCCACAGGAAGUCUUCGUGGGGACCUCUCACGUUGUACAAUGCUUCAGCUUCAGAGACGGCAUGGGCAACCUUUUCGCCUGACGGCAAGGUACUUGUGGCGGAUACACUUCUGCUUGAUCGCAUAGAGCUCACUGAUGCCAACCACAGUGAGAUGGAUGAGUUGAAAGAGGUUCAAAAUCUAUGCCGGUGGAUGUAUCUUGUAUUGCAACACCGACCACAUUCACCUCUUUCAGCUGGGUUGGGUGCGGGGUGGCUUUCUCGUGAAUUUUUCACCGCCCUUGUUUGGCCUGCUCAACGAUUUAGUCUCCUACCAGAUGAUGACCCAAAAGAUCCAUACUCCCAAAUCAACAACCUACAACGUAUGGAAAGAUUGUGGGCAGGUUUCACGGCGUACUUCGGAUUCAUGGACCGUCUACAUGAUGUUGCACAGUGGUGCAAGGAGCAUGGGCCGCGUCUUUAUGCUCAUAUGUUGAUACGGCCAGCUCACUUGGGAACUCGCCAGUCACCCAGCUCUAACCGAUUGCCGCCACAACCACAUAUAUAUGACGAAGAGAACGUAAGACAGUUUUGCAGACUCUGGGGGCUUCCUGAAGACAAGAGGCCCCUAUAUGUCAAGUGCAAGAAUCGAAGACCGGACAGUCAGAACUGCGAUAAGCAAGAAACUACGCAUGACGAUGUUCUCAAGUUUGUCCAACGUGCGGGUUUGUAUACAAGGGAAAAGACAUUUUUCAUCACAAAACAAGGAUAUCUCGGGUCAGGAACCCAUAAGAUCGGACCUGGUGACAGCUUGGCCAUCAUUCGCGGUUGCCGUAUGCCGCUUGUAAUCAGGAAGCAUCCAAUCGGUGACGGAUCUUUUGAGGUUCUGGGUCAGUGCUAUGUCGGGGCGUUGAUGGAUGGCGAAGCUGUUGAGAAGAUUCGUGAGGCAGGAGAGUUGGAGUGGAGAAGUUUGAGCUUCAGAUGA